CACGGAGGGAUGCACGGGCGUGAUGCGCUCGCGAUAAUAUCUCGAUGGAAACAGUACUGAGCGUCUUCGAAACCCCUGCUCAGACCGACUGGGGAGAGUCGCGAUAACUGAAGCUAUUGGCACCUGUUUGGUGCUAUCAAUCGCCCUGUCUGUGAAGAUGUAGCAACGGUAAGUGCGAUGAAGUGCGCUGAAACGACCCUGUGGCUGCCUGCGUCAUUCUGUUAACAAUCUUCUUUCUUGAAAUUCUUGUCUUGAAACACACCCCUGCUUUCUUCCCAUCAUCUCUUUACUUCUUUGAGGUCAGAUCCAUGUCCAUAAUGGAAUCUAGAAAACGUCCCAUCGGGACUGCUUCCGAGGAACAACCCGCGAAAACGAUUUGUACUCGAGAAUCCAUCGAGCACGAGCCCUCCCUUGCCGAUACCUCAUCCUCUUUCCAAGACCACAUUGCAAUCAAGAUACGCCUUCACUCGCGCAAAAAGGCCAAUAUAAAUGAUCCCAAAGGAUCCGGGGGUGCGGAACCAAAGUGUGAUUUAGGGGAGGUGAAAGUGAAUUCACUCAACGUGUCUGGUGAAAACCUCCAUAUUGAGUAUUCGGAUGACAAGUACGAGACAUAUGACGAGUUUAAUGGCCUCACAUGGCUGGAACCCAUCGAUGUCAUCGCGACUGACGAGAAGACGUCUGAACAAGUGGGCUGUUGCAUGGCCAACUUGGUUAGGAGGCAGCAAAUAUGGCAUUCUUUCCAUAAAAGCAUGAGAGCGCCAGUCAACGAGUUGACUGUGUUGGCAUUCGACCUGUUUGAUCGUUAUGGAAGACUGAAAGACGACUACAAACAUCACCCCAUCCGAAAAGGUUCGGGAUUCUGGAAAGAUCAGCUUGACGAAGGCGACAUAUUACUGAUAGAAGAUGUAACUAUCGACCAACGAUAUCGACAACGCGGCAUCGGGACUCGAUUGGUUCAGACACUGCUCAGUGCUGCAAGCAAGAAGAUUGAUGGUGGAAAAUUCGUUGCUUUGGCGUGGCCGGAUCCAUUCAAAGGUGACAACUUCCAUCAAACCAUGGAGAACCUUGUCGGAUACCUCAGCUAUAAUUUCAUUGAGAGAAAGGACGCCCAGGCUAUCAAGUGGCUUCGAUCCGUCGGUUUCAGGCGGAUAGGGUCUUCCAUCUGGUUUGGCACCCUUGUUGGCCAUGAUGCUCAAUCCCAGCUUCCGCCCAUUGCAGAAGACUACGACCCUCCACCAAUAUCCCGUUCUAAUAAUCUUGUACCGGAGUCCAUUCGGCGGGCCUUCGAGACGUCCAAGGACAAGGUUCUUGUCAAAGCCCUUCAGAAACAUCUCGGACAAGCCGAACCGAACGACGAACGAUGGCUAGCCACGGACAUGAAAGGAAAUACUCUCAUGCAUAUUGCGGCUAUGGCCCACGAACCGGCAUGUCUGGCCUGGAUGAUGGCUCAGCCAGGAGGCCGCCGUUUACAAAACAUUCGCAAUCAAGACUACGACACCCCUUUGGAGGCGCUAGAGCUGGUACUAGACAAAUCCAGAACCCGCUUGUUUACUGGGGGGCGCUUCCUCCUUCAUUAUUCGGACGCGUUCCGUGGCUAUCCGAAAAAUGCUGUUCGGUGUCUGGCAAUCUUGAAGGGCGUCCACCACGAGCCCAAAGAUGAAGGGUGGAAGCGCUUGGCCGGUGGCUGCACUUGCGGACAUUGUUUCGAGGGGUGUAUGAGUCCACGAAUGAGACUUUCUUUGGCCCUGCAGGCCGGAAUACUUCACGACAUGUUUACUGACCAAUUGGCUGUCAUGGGUACUCGACAGUGGGUUAGCGAAAAUGCCGAGGAUGCUUUUCCAUUCUACUGCGUCAAUAUGAUGAGGCACAGCAAAUCCAUGUGUCGCGGAUUGAUCAGUCUUCUGAAGCAUACAUCCAAUUGUUUGUGCGCUGGCAUGCUCCCAAACGAAUUCAACAUCAUGAGCGUACAUGAUACGGACGAGAAGAUCCCAGUCGAUACCAAAAACUUUUUCAAAGGGGGUGGCAAACUGGAAGCAGUUAACAAAUUGGUCUUCGAAGCUGCUAUUGACGACUUCACGUCCACUGGUGAGAGUAUACCCUUCUGGUUUGAGCCUGAGGAGGGUGAAGUGCUCCCCAGGUGUCGAAACGAUCAUGAGUAUGGAUACGUGAGCGUCAAGUGCGGUUAUGGGACAAUCGAGCCAUUCGUCGGCUUCAAUGGCUUAUAGGGGCAGCUAGGUACAGGUCAUUGAAAAAGUGACGCAGCCAUGGUGGAAGAAGGGGCACAUAAUGUCUGUGAGCGGUCAGAUAGGACCAUAUGGUAUGUACACGAGAGGCCAGCUCGAGACAGAACGUGCGUAUUUGGGAAACAUAUAUCCCCAGUGGCAGCCAUCGCAUGCCAGGUAGAGCUUCUCGGGUGGGAAGCGAUAUAGGGUAUAUGCAGAACCAUAAUCACUGAAC